AUGCAGCCAGAGGACAUGGACUCGUGGAGCAGCAGCGCUCCCUCGGGCCUGUAUGAGCAGCACCGCCACGCUGGCUACCACGCGAACGGAUCCUUACCCGCUGAGGCCUCGUUCGACGCACUGGAUGGCGAAGACCCAGACAGCUUCUAUCGUCAGGGUCCUUUCAUUCCUCCUUCCUCCCCCCCGCAACCGAACGUGGUCGUCAACGGCGCGAUGGCGACGGUCUCCAACCGUCCAGAUCUUCCUCACCGCGUGCCCAGCGCUAAGUCGCCCCCGCCAGCCUUGAAGUCCGCCCGCCAGAACCUGCGGUCUGUAUCGAGCCCGGCCUCGUCGCUGCCCGUGUCCAAUGGUUCGAGACCGACUGCUACCAAUUCCUACCGCCCGCCCGUCAAGAACAUUGUCAGCAGGUUCAACCAAACGGCCGGCCCCGACGAGGCCGCCAGCGCGACGAAGCUCCGGAAACCCGUCCCUUCGACCAGAUCCGCUCCUCGUCAUGCCAGCUCGCCCGUCUCCACCGCCACAAGUGUCGACCCGGUGCGCGAGGCCGAGCCCGGGCACUCUCAUACUGAACACGCGAAGGGCAGCAAUGGGCUCAACGGCGCGGCAGCUUCUCGCAAUGUCCUGAGGCGCGGCGCCAACCAGUCGCAGGCGCCCGAGCAUGGUCGUCGCCAUGCCAAGUCAUCAGUAAGCUCUUUAAGUUCGAGUCAAGGUGGUUCGGGUCGGCCGCUGCUGUUCGGCGAGCUCCCGAACAAUGCGCUCGGCCCAGAGUCACUCGGUUACGGCAUUUCGGAGACUGCGCGUCAUCGCAGCGGUUCACUAGAUACCAAUGCGCAACGACCUACCGGCUUGUUCUCCCAUGGGAGAAGCCGUACGACGCCAAACGUCCCGAUGCUCCCCACUCCGGGACGCGGUCGCUCCGCAUCAGCUCUAGGACACAGGAGAUCACGAAGCGACCUUACUGGCCUGCCGCGCUCACCAUCGCACGAGGCACACUUUGACCCGAACAGCAUUGACGAGUACUUUUCUCAGAUCCAAGCUUCCACUCGCGGGGCGCAUUCCAAGAUCCCCCUUCCGUCAACGCGACGCCCUUCAGUCACAUCCGAGUCCGCUUCCUCGAUCCAGUCGUCGCGCGCAAGCUCUGCGCUGAGCGAACGUAGAUAUCACACCAAGGCGCCGUCCGCCGACAAAAGCACAAACAAAAACAUCGCCAGCAAGGACUCUACGCCACGCGCGCGCCCCGUCACACCAAGCUCCACCCGCAGAUACGCCGCAACCCCUGGCAAACGAUCAGGCGAGAGUCCCAAGGUAUCGGUACAGGUCAACGUCCCACCGCCCACCCUGUCGCCCGUCCUUCGCAGCUCUCGCCCGCGACAACCCGUAUCAGCGGCCUCGACUGCUGCCUCGAGGGCAAAAAUGGCCGAUCGCCUGAGGAAUGCACCGUCGUCUGCAAACAGGAGAGGAACGGGGAAAACAUCCGCAAGAGGGCCUCCCCAAAAGCCUAAGCCUCGGGGUGAUCUCGGGCUUGCAGGGCCUACCAUUGCUGACCGAAAGGCUUUGAUUGAGAAGUCCAUGCGAGCUCAAGGAAUUUCGGCGCACCGGAACGCGUCUGCAACGAAGUCCAAAUCUGGGUCCCGCGCAGCGAGUCCUUCCUCGGACGCACGCGAUAAGCAAAUCGUCAGCUCACAGGCCAAUGCCGAUGGCGCUACCACUCUAGACGAACCGCUUCCAGAUACGAUGCACAUUCAUAGACUGUCUGUGGAUGGUUCCCUUCAAGCAGAACAGGGCCCGAAGGCAGGAACAGUAGCAUUUGAGAGCGAGUCCCCAGUGUUGGGGACGCUUGCUCCCGCAUUCUCCCCCAAAGGCCAGCGGGAUAACACACCCAAGCCAGACUCACAGCGCGAUUCCGUUUUCCACGAGAGCGGGGACGACGAAUUCCCCAACUGCCGUUCCUCUUUGACAAAUGCAGCCCCGAUCGACAGGAACGUACUUGACCAGGUCUUGCAGAUCCGUGGGAGCGUUUGCUCCAGCGCGUCCCACACGGACAUUGCGGAAAGUGAGAAGGAUGACUCAGGUUCAAUCAACAUCAUGCUUCGGGCGACCCCCUCGCUGGAACAAUCACAACAACUGUGGUCCGACCAAAGCCAAGGUUCUCAGGAUCAAAGCGCCCGCUGGAGCACUGCCUCAUAUGAAGCUUCGGUUGAAGGAAUCCAGUUCGUCGACGACGGAAGCGAACGGCGCGACUCUUAUUCCUACGAAUCCUAUUCCUCCAUCGCGCCGGAUGAUUCGAUUAGCAUGGCCAUGACAAGACAGCAUCACGACCCGCGUGCUGCAGACUGGACGCCUCAGAUUCACCGAUUGCCCUCGAAUGGCCGCUUUACUCGUGACCAUUCCGAUGGAAACAGCACGAUUCUCAAAAUCCUUGACUUCUACCGGAGCUCAAAACCGGUCACGCCCGAGAUCGCCCACGGUUUCCAGCAGCAAAUCAAGGCCGUUUCUCCAUUCAUACAAUACGAUGAAUGGACAUCUCGAGAAAAGACUGAGCAGUUCCUGACAAGUCUGGUCAAAGACAGUGCGAGUGUCGCUUCUGCUUCGCCUGAAGAUACCCCUAAACAAAUGUCCCAAGCUUAUGUCCAGGACGACUUCCUCGAUGACUACGAACGGCGUUUGGCACCGGAAGGCGACCUGGGUGGGACUGCGAUAAUUUACGGAUCCUCGGAGUUUUACGGUAAGCCUUCGCGACCCGCAAGCACCAAAGGUGUCGAAGCGGAGGAUCGACCCGCUCCGCCUCCUAAGGAUUGGAGAUACUCGCCGGGACAAGCAGCUCAGAACACUUCGCCCAGCGCCGGCCCGACUACGCCUCUAAACCCUGUCUCGAGGCUCACCAGCCCGUUUCAACCAAACUUGCCCCAGGUUCAAAGCACCACGGAAGCGCUGGGCCUCAAUAUCCAAAAUCACCCAUCAAAUGCGGAUUCUCCCGUUUCGAGACAUCACGCGAUGUCACCCCAAGCAGAUACAACUGCUGGAGCACCAGCUACACCGCCAGCUCCAAGUGUGCUCAGGAAACCUUCUCAGGACAUUACAGUGCCUGGAGAUGCUGAAGCUGGGGCUCCUAAAUCGAACAACCCGACAGAUGAUUCCGAUGGAGUUAGGCAACAGGUAGCAUCAAGUGCCGCUAGCCACAUGUCUGUGGAGGCGACAAAUGAAAAACCAGCCCAGCAAGACCCCGAGGAAUCCAAGCGACUCGGGCAACGCAGGUAUCAAAUUAAAGAGCUUCUUGAAACCGAGCUUCACUACUUUCAGGACAUGAAAGUUGUGGAGGACAUAUACAAGGGCACAUCAUACGCUAUACAUGAAGUUAGUGAUGAUGAUCGCAAGGUCCUCUUUGGCAACACGGCGGAAAUUGUUGCGUUCUCACUCAACUUCCUUGAUGCCCUUAGGCCUGCGGCGGAACCCAUAUUCAAACUGAAUCAGGGUGGGAGGUGGCACAAGCGCAACAGCAUUUCGACAAAUGGCGACCCAAGCGAAACUCCUGGACCACCAGACGAUCGCAUGGAUAGAAAGACUGCCAUCGGUGGGGCCUUUCUGGACCAUUUGAACGAGAUGGAGAGAGUCUACUGCGCUUACGUGCAAAACCACACUGCGGCCAACAACCGCCUCCAGGAGAUCCAAAAGAACAAACAGGUUCAGAUCUGGCUGAGUGAGUGUCACAAUUAUGCAGGCGACAUCACCACAGCAUGGGACCUGGAUUCUUUGAUCAUCAAACCAACGCAGCGGUUCCUCAAGUACAGUCUGCUGCUCGAGGGCAUAAUCAAGAUGACGCCGGAAGAUCAUCCCGACUACACGAACCUGAAAUUCUCCAUUGAGGGUUUGAAAGCUCUCAGCACCAGGAUCAACGAGACUAAAGGGAGGAAGGAGAUUGUAGAGAAGAUCGUCACGCGCAAGCGCGAAAAAUCAGACGCUGGCAUCGGAGCUGCAGUACAGAAGGCGUUCGGACGGCGCGCAGAGAAAGUGAAGCAGCAGGUUGGCCUUUCCGAGACAGUCGAUGAUCCUGAGUACGACGCCAUCUCUCAGAAGUUCGGUGGACACUUCUUCCAGCUGCAGAUCGUGAUGAGAGAUGUCGAGAAAUAUCUCGAGGAUGUCGACAAAAUGGUCAAGCAAAACUGCAUCCUCGCAGAAGAGUUGGAAAAGUGGCUUAAUGUUGGCCUGCCUGAGCACCCCGAGAUCGAGAGCAAAUGGCGCCAGUACAUGAUGAUGAUCAAAGAGAUCACCACGUACGCGCUCGAAAGUCACAAAGAUGAGGUCCGCAAGACCGUCAUCAAGCCCAUUUCGGUCCUGUGGGAUCUGCACGGAAAGCCCCAAAAGCUCAUGCAGAAGCGCAAGAAGCGUCUGCCCGACUAUGCGAAGUACAAGCUCCUCAAAGACAGUGGCGGAAAAGUCGACAACAAAUUGAAGGAAGUCGGCGACGAGUUCAUCGCCAUCAAUGGAGCUUUGAAAGACGACUUGCCCAAGCUCUACUCGAAGACCAAGUUGCUGAUCGAGGCUUGUCAGAAGAAUCUUAUCGAUUCUCAAAGGAGAUGGUACCAGGUCCUGAGCCUUCAGUUCGAGAAACCUCUGUUCCAAGGCGAGCAGGUCGACCUCAAGCUCCUUGAAUUGUCGGCCAUCGAGAAUGCCUUCGAGGUGGAUUAUUUCAGGUGCAGGGAAGAGCUAGAGCGGAUCGAAAGCGUCAUUCGGGGUGUCAAGGAGGCUGCGGCAUUCUCUCCAGCCACCACCUUCAUGGGCGAUGACCUAUCGAUGAAGCGGCCGUCGACGUUUGCAAGCUCCAAGCGCACUCAGUCCAUCAACAGCGACCAUUCCAUCAUCAUCACGUCGCCCACUCCCGGUUCGCAACGCCAAAGCGGCAAUUACUCUCAAGUGGAAGUCGGCAAUACGCCUCUCAUCAUGGACCCUCCGCAGAUGUCACCCACCAUGCCUUCGCCAACGGGCCCGGGAAGAGUCCGGGCAGGGUCAACCAUGUCAAGCCGUGGCCCUUCAACUCCUCACUCGGUCUCGGCCCAGAUGCCGACUGCCGGCUACUUUCCCCAGCGACCGACCACUUCUACCGGACGCACCCCGGAUCCGUCUUCAUCUCAGACACGCAUCAGCUUGGACGCUCCCGAACAGGGCCGCUCGUCUGGCCAGUCUGCUUUCUCAUCUCAAUCUCAAAAUACCCGGUCUUCUUCCAUCUUCUCGUCCGCCAUGCCGAUGUCAGAUUCCCCGACGGACACUAGAGAUGACGCCCUCGAGCAGGAUGCCGGUGAGGACAAGGUUUUGUUUUUGGCCGCCAGUCUGUUUGAGUUCAACAUCGCCCACGAUCGCCGUGAGGCUGGAUUUCCAUACCUGGUCUACGUUCCUGGAGAGGUCUUUGACGUCCUCGGCAUGCGAGGCGAGCUGUGGCUCGCCAGGAACCAAGACGACCCGUCCGGCACCAUUGGCUGGAUCUGGGAGAAGCACUUCGCCCGCAUUUUCUCGGAGUGA